AGAGACGAAAGAAUCCGAAAUAAGUGCAUCUCCUCCUGAACUCCCUUUUCCCGCCAUGGCUCUGUCAGGAUCUCAAUCACCGGAUGAUGCUUUACACGGCUCCUGGGUGGAGCUGGAGGGUCUGGUGGCCUCGGCGAAUCAAACAGAAGGAGAAUCAGGAGCUCAAGGCACCACGGCCUCCGUCCUGCAGGGGGAGCUGGAGCGUAUCCUCCUUGAGGCCCAGCUGGAGUGCGAGAGGAGCGCUCAAACUGACAGUCCUCCACAGGUCGUGACCCCCAGAACAUCUGGAUCUCCUAAACCAGGCAGUGAGGGCAGCAGCAGCAGCACAGAUUGUGUUACUAUACAGUCGGAUGAGAAUGACCGGCGGGUGAGUGCUGAAUGGGUGUGGGAUUGGUCCAGUAGGCCGGAAAACCUCCCGCCAAAGGAGUUUGUGUUUCAUCACCCGAAGCAGUCGGGCUCUCUGAGCGUGAGGAAGACUGAAGUGAUGAAGAGGGGUUUGUUCUCCUCAGACGUGCUGCUCAUCCUCCUGCCGUCUCUGCUGGCUUCACAUGCACUCACACUGGGACUAGGAAUCUACAUAGGAAAACGACUUGCGUCCUCAUCCACCAGCACACUGUGACAUGUGACACUUUGCAGCUCACUGAUUGGCUGAGGAUGCUGCCACUGAUGCUGUUAGCCAAUUAUGGCUCAUGUUCCUCCUCCUGUGAUGGACAGCAGCCUCGUCUGAAAUCGUCUGUUUUUUGUCUUGUUUUACAACCAAACAAGUUUGUCUUUUUCUCUUUCCAUGUAUGUUUAAAGGGGUCAAAUUGUUCUAAAUACUUUCAGAAAAAUGUCUGGUGUUCUUUGAUAAUGUCACAUUUCCGAAUGCCAUGCAUACAUACUCAAAUCUUUGUUUAGAAAUGGAGCGCUGAUUGAAACUAAACAACAUCUGUGAACUAUCACAGCAAAAGUAAAUAUUAAAUGUAAAAUGUAUAUAUUUGAAUUGCAUAAAACAUUUUCAUACACUGUUUAUUGUUAAACUCAAUGUGUUUACACUGGUUGGUGUUAAACUUAAUGGGCUUUAUUUUAACAAUUUAAGCGCAAAUUCUAAAGCGCAAAAGCAUUAAGAGCGUAUACGAAUCCGCUUUUCUAAUUUGAACACGGAAAAAUACGGUCUGCACACUUACGCAUGGCACAGGGUUGUGCUUAUUCUCUUAAUGAGUUCUGGGUGUGUUUUGAGAAUAACGUACAUUAAACCAAUUAGACACUCAUCCCCUAUUCCCUUUAAGAGUCAGUUGCGUCAUGCUAUGGCAUUUUUGCUGAACGCUUCACUUGCGAGAAAACAGUUAAACAGACAUCUGCAGCGCGAGGAUAAAGAACGAGCCUCCUCCAUUCAGCCUCUUUACUUUCUCUUUACUCCUUUACUUUCAUGGAGUAAGAAAACAGUGGAAACUCACUGUUCUGAAGACAUCCAUUAGCCUACAUAUUUAAUUUUGUUUGUUAAGCGCAAAGAUUUGUUUCAAAACUAUUCCUAAAUUCAGUUCUUAUUUCCAACAUACGAAUAAACGUACAAUAAUAAUGAAGUGUGGUCGAACAACUGAAUUAAUAUCCAAACACGCAUCCUGUUCUUAUGCCCCAUAUGGUGAUGCAGACGUCUCCAAAACCCGGCAGGAGGACAAAUCUAAGCUUGUUUUCAUUAAAACAAAUAUAAAUAUGCAUAUGUUAGAUAAUACUGCUCAUAAUAAUAAUAUUAUACAAAUGCAAACUGUUAUCAAUAAACUGAAAAAAGCCCCCCGAGAUGAAGGGUAGUGGUUUUUAUAUUCAUGUUGAAAAUAAUCAUUUUUAUCUAAUUUUAAUCCUUUAAUUUUUUUUUUCAUAUGUAAAGUUAUUUGUGUAUUGCUGUACACCCUGUGUGUAUUAAGCAAUUUGUACGGAUUUUUGACCGCAUAAUGAAGGUGCAACUAAUGCGCUCUGCUCUGGAUUUUAGACCACCUUUUAGUUGGUCUAUUUCAGAUCCUCAAAAUAGCAACGCGCCAACAAUGCUUAACACACCUCCUUUUUAGACUAGCACACCCAUGAGUGCACAAAGUGGUGCAAAUAGAAUUGCUAUUUAAACAACGUGAUGCAAAAUGUGAAAAUUAGUUGCACUGGUCUGAAAAUAGCAACAAAUCGCGCCAUACAUGCCAUGCCUUAUUGCGCUGGGUGUAUGAUAGGGCCCAAUGUGUUUACACUGGUUGGUGUUAAAGAUAGUGUUGCUUGUUUUACAUUUAUUAAACUAAUAUUUUUCCAGUCUAAAAAGAAAAAUAUGGCUACGUUUGUGUAAAAAAAAAAAAAAAA